AUGGAACUUAUUAGGAAAUGGUGGUAUGCAUUUUGUAUUUUAUACAAACUCCAAUUUACAAAUCAUCCAAUUACUCCCUUUUCAAUUAUAACUCCUCAAAUCUCCAAUCUUAACUUGCAAUCAUUAGAAAUUCGAUAUUAUGUUUUCAAAAUAGAAAAGCAGCCUUGCAAUAAAAUAUCAGAUAUAAUAUCGAAAAUAACUUUCCAUAUAAAUUGUCAGUACAAUUCACGACUAUCAAAUUAUUGUAAUAAACCAAUUAUCCCAAUUAUUUUAGUUAAAAAGACUAGUUUCUACUUUUCUUGGCUUGAAAUGAAUUUAUUAAAAGUUUAUAUGGACUCUGAACAAAUAUGUAGAAAAUUAGAUAAAAGAAUGAUGUAUGUAAAUUGCAUGCAUUUUAAAGGGGUGACAAGUAUUAUACCGGCAUUAUCUGAAGACCAGUUUAUGUGCAAAUAUUUUUGUAUUGAAUUCAAACCAAAAUGUACACUUCCUUUAGUAUGUCCUAAUAUCAAUUUAUAUAUUGACUUGUACAAAACUGUAUUAACCAAUAUAGAUGCAUUUGGAAAUCAUUUGGAUAUUUGUAAUAUUAACAAUGAACUUUUAUCAAUUAUCAAUUUUUUUGAAAAGAUGUCUGAUAAUCUUUUUUUGAGUCAGGUAACACUACAAAAAGUUAUAAAGAAUAAAAGAUUAAGUUUAUCCAAUAUAUAUAAUCCCCAAAAAAUUUAUUUUUCAAAUAACUCAGAUAUAAUAAAUAAUGAAUUAAGAAAAGCUAUAGAAAUAUCUGGCAAUAUAUUUAGUAAUAUUAGAACUGGGAAUUACGACUCAUAUAUUAAAAUUAUAUCAGAUGUAAUAUUAAAUAAUAGAGAAUUGACAAAUAAUUUAUUAUAUUAUCAAGUAUAUUGUGCUGGACAACAACCUUUAGCAUAUUAUAUAUAUAUUUAUUUAUUAGAAAAUAAAAUUUUAAAUAAUACAUUUAUGGAUAUGGUAAGAACAGAAAAAUUAGACAUUAUGGCACUUAAAGAUACUUUAAUUGCAGAUCCACAUCUAUUAUAUGACAGAUGUUUAGUUAAAAUGCAAAGAAAUUUCCAAAUUGGGUUAAAUAUAUUAAGUAAUUUGAUAAAUAGAAAAAGAGAAUAUAUUUCUGAGGCAAAUAAAUGGCUUUCAAAUUUUUUUCUUGGAAGAUCUAUUUGCGAUUGUUCAAUGAUUGUAUCAUUAUAUUGUAGCUAUCAGUAUAAUUUAUAUUUACAACUUUCCAAUUUUAAAUUAUGGAAGAUUAUAAAUAUACCUAGAAAUACAAGUACUGAUUAUAAUAUAUAUAUAUGGAACAGAAUAGUAAUAAUCGAUAUUUCGCCUAAGCCAGAAAAUAAGAUAUUUCACUGGAAAGAACAAUUUGCAAAUAUAAUAUAUAAAUUACAGUUGAUUUCAUUUGAUUAA